UUAUAUUCUUUAGUUUAUGGUGUAAUGUGGUUAUAUCACAAAUUAACCCAAUAUAAUUUUGUCUGAGAACAAUUAAAUAAUGAUAAAAUACACUAAAUAUUGCUGCAUGUGUAUAUUGUGUUGAAAAUUCUUAUUAUUUUUGUCUUUCUUGUGGCCCUUUAUAAAGGGAUCCAUCAGAAUGAGAUUUAACCAUAAACACAAAACUUGAAUUCACAGCUUAAAAGAAGAAUCCUAAAGCAAGUCAGAGAGAUCGAUGGUGAGCAAUGGUGAUGACAACUGCAACGCAAGCGACAGCAACAUUUGGCGGUUCAAAGGAAAUGGUGCAACGAGUGACGCGGCAGCAGUAACAUUGAGAAAGCUUGCCUUCGGGAUGUUCAAAAACUGUACCUUGAAUAGUGGAAAGACUGUUUUGUUCCCAAGUCCCGGCGAGCCCUCCGCUUCUCCCAGCUUCAAGACUUGCCCUGAAGCUGAAGAAGCCGUGGCCGCAGCCGCACGCUCCGGCAUGGCCAACUCUUAUGCACCAAGUCCCGGCAUUUUCAAGGCUAGAAGAGCCGUGGCAGAUUAUCUUAACGGAGAGCUUCCAGCAAAGCUGAGAGCGGAGGAUGUUUACAUCACCGGCGGUUGCAACCAAGCGAUAGAGAUCGUAAUAGAAUCCCUUGCCGGAAAUCCAGCGGCCAACAUUUUACUUCCAAGGCCAGGCUAUCCUCACUAUGAUGCUCGAGCAGUCUAUAGAGGCAUCGAGAUUCGCAAAUACGAUCUCCUACCCACAAGGGAUUGGGAGAUCGAUCUCGACGGCCUCGAGGCUGCUGCUGAUGAGAAUACCGUCGCAAUGGUUCUUAUCAACCCCAACAAUCCUUGUGGAAACGUAUACACCUACGAUCAUCUCACCAAGAAAACUUGUAUAAUGGUGAUAUCCGACGAAGUAUAUGAUCGUGUUGUAUAUGGAGACAAGCCUUUUAUUCCCAUGGGGAAGUUUGCAUCAAUAGCUCCAGUGAUCACGCUUGGAUUCAUAUCCAAAGGAUGGGUCAUUCCCGGAUGGAGAAUCGGCUGGAUCGCCAUGAACGAUCCUAAUGGCAUUUUUAAAUCUGCAGGGGUAGUUCAAGCCAUAGAGGAUUGUCUUGAUUUGACUCCACAACCUUCAUUUAUUCUUCAGGAAGCACUUCCUGAUAUACUGGAGAAAACACCAAAGGAGUUAUUCGCCAAGAAGAUCAAAGCCAUGAGACGCAACGUUGAGCUUUCAUGUGAGAGGCUCAAGGACAUUCCUUGUCUCUUGUGCCCCAAGAAACCCGAAUCUUGUUCUUAUUUAUGGGUCAAGCUUGACACAUCAAUGUUGGAUACUAUCAAGAAUGACUUUGAUUUCUGCACGAAGCUAGUUAGUGAGGAGAGUCUUGUCCUUAUACCAGGAGUGGCUCUAGGGGCAGAGAAUUGGGUGAGGAUAUCGAUCGGAACCGACGAAUCAGUGAUAGAAGAAAUAUUUGACAGAUUAAAAAGUUUCUAUGGUCGUCAUGCCUUCUCCAAGGAUCCUAUCAAACUCAAUGGUCAUACCGUUAACCAGAGAGUUGCUACUGUUAUCUGAUUGUAGUUGUCUUCCUUGUAUCACAUUGAAUGUUAGGGUUUACAGGAUGAAUGUUGUACCCUGCCAUGACUCCAUAAGUUUGUAAUGGAAUUUAUAU